AUGGGUAGGCGUCGUUCGACUCACUUGCUAAAUGCCCGCAGCGCCGACUGCGAGAUUUUGCUUCACAGUCGCAUCCACGUAGUAGCCGUAGAAAACUCUUCGAUGCAAAAGGCGAACAAAGAGGUUCAGGCGGGCCUUAAGGCUGAGAAAGCUCUAAACUGCAGUGCAAAUCAAUUAAGCGAGAGGCGUGGUGGUGGUGCUGUGGAGGUGGAGACGCCACUGUAUGUGAAACAGACGAAUCUUGGCAAUGGAAACUUAAGUGGAACGAAAGCAGAGGAAGGCGUCGGUUAUCACGCGGAAAGGCAUGAAUGUGUGGAGAAGCAGGUGCAUCAGUUGGUCGACAUGGCGGCCAAAUGCAUUCGACGGCGCAGAGGCAUGAUGGCAAAAUGGCAUCGCCGCCCGUGGGAUCACCUGCCCUACUCUACCCUGCGCCUCAGUCUGCCAGAAAAGAUUCAGUGUGGGGAGAAGCCCUUGUAUCUGCCUGCACUACACUUACCCGCCACUCAUCGACGGCGUAACUUGUGGCAUGUGGGGCUUACCACAAAUCGGAGAUUAUCGUACCCACCUGAAAACCACGCAUUUCCGUUAAAAGACAAAGAUUUUGCCUUCCCUCUCAUGACAGAUUCGGAGGGAAAUGAAAUUGGCAAAUUAUUUGUCGGGGGCAUCUCGCAAAACACAAAUAAUGUUAGCUUACACAUUUACUUCUCUCAGUUCGGUGAGCUGGAAGACGCUGUUGUUAUGAUGGAUAACAAAACGGGGCGGUCUAGGGGUUUUGGCUAUGUCAAAUACCGGGAUCCAGAGUGUGUGAAGAUUGUUCUAGCCGCAAAACCGCAUUGGCUAGAUGGUAAGGAGAUUGACGCCAAACAGUGCAAUGUUAAGAUGAAGGGUCGAAAUCGUCGCAGUUUGAAGGUCUUCGUCGGUGGAAUCAGUCUGGAUCAAGAUGCCGCCUCGAUUAAGGCCUUCUUUGAGAAAUUUGGCCGCGUCACAGACGUCAACUUAAUGAUGGAUCCCAAUAAACAGCGGCAUCGUGGAUUUGCGUUCAUUGGUUUUGAGGAGGAGAUUGUUGUCAAUCGACUGAUAAACAUGCACUACUUGACAAUGGGAAAUAAACAGGUGGAAAUUAAGGCAAUGGAACCACCAAACUUUGGUAGGAAAAGUGGACCCCAGAUGACCCGACACUGCAGUGAUUUUAGUGAGCUGAAGGCGUCUACCACGCGAGAUACUACUCACUCCCACUUCAGCAGCAAACAACACUCCAGGAACCGAAAUUAUCAACAAAUCAACAGCCUUCAAUACGGCCCAAGUUUGGAUGGAAAUGCGUACGGACUCACUAAUGGUCAGCAGCAAAGCUACUUAAACAGUUUUGUUGGGGAUACGAGUGGACAAAUGCCACAGGAACGAUUGGCAGGGGAGCAGUAUUCGUCGGGACUGUUUUCGCUUCCUGGAAAGUUAAAUACAAUGCCUGUAAUAUUUACGAACAGUUUUGUACCAAUAACUCCCACUGUGUAUCCAGGAUUCCAGUCGUAUCCAUACCCCAUCCUCCAGCCACAUUUCCUUCAUCCGGGUCUUCUAUCUGGGAAUGAGGGAUUCUGGUCCCAUGGAAUAUGCACGCAACAGCAGAUCCUACUUCCAGCUGCUCAAAGUGCUAGUGGACCUACAAAGACAAAUUCCGCCAGUCAGACUAGUCCCAAGAUCUCAAGGUCAUUUUCAGGGUAUUGUGAUGGCUCCGAUCGUGAUCAGCGACGGAAAGCUUUUAAUGAAAUAACAGAUGACACACUUUUAAAAGAUGACGUUGGGGGCUCGUUGAACGCAUUCGAUCAGGGUCUUGGAAUGUGGUGUCUCAACUCAGCCCGAUGUUUGAAGGCCUGUAGUUCGGGAACCUGUCUAGAUCAGCAUUCCAUGGGUGGACUUCUAAUCCACAAUCAGGAAAUGUCUGCUUCUAGACAACAGAUGGCUUCAGAGAUCUCGGAUGGUGAAAGUCAACAGGCUACCAUAUUGGCUAAGCCUUCAGGAGAUAAUUUCGACCAUGAUGAAACCGCCUCCGGCGUCCACGAGGGUGGGUUGACGAUUAUGAAGGAGGCGUCGUGUGAAAGCUCCUCUGAACCGAGUGUGAGCAACGCGAACCUGCUAGCGCUGUCCAAUUCAUCCGCCAAUUGGCUGCUUCCACGAUCCCAGCAGCUCACCUCGACGUGGAAUUUUCGACCUCCUCUUUGGAAUGACAUGCAAUUGCCACCUACAGGAUUCAGUCUCCCACCAAGUUUUAUAUUCCAACCGGCUUCCACAACCACCUUUGAUCCUGUUACUAUGGAGCACGCGAUGGGAGGCUUUGGAUAUGCAUUUCCAGUCCUCUCUGAACGUCAGUCCUUUCGAGAUGAAGGAACGGUCAUCAAUGAGCCUACCUCAAAUCCCCUUCUUCCAGCAAAUCCCACUCUUAUCCCCUCACACUUUCAGCCUAUAUCAACAACUGGAAGCCUUCGACAACGGCGAUGGGAGUCUCCCGAAGCCCCCAAUCUUGUUGAAAUGCAUCAGCGUCCAGGACCCAGACAUCAUGACACCAUGGGCAGAUGGAUGCCGCAAAUGCACAUCAACAUAUCAUCCACGUCGGAGGUGGGUAAAAAGACGACGACGGACGAAUUUGGUGGCAAGGGUGGCACGAGAGGCGGAGGUAGAGGCGCGGGUGGUGAAAGUCUGUGUGCCGCGGAGAAGACCUCAGUGGCAGCUGGUGACCACCAUGCCAACAAUUUCAGGAGCUUCCGCAUUUAG